CGCUUCCUGACGGGACGCGUCCGCCGCUGCAGAAAGAAGCCACAACAACGCCGAGGCGGAGGCCACCGGAGACCCCCGGAGGUCGCGCGGCCGUGUCGCGGCCUCCCACUAGCGACCGUCGGCCCUUCGCUGAGAGCGGAGCGGUAGGAGGGAGGCGACGGCGCAGGGCUUGGGUGGGCAGGCAGGCCGCGGCGACGACGGAGCCGAGGCCCCCAGAAAGCCCCCUCAGGCUCCCCGGCCCUGCCUGAGGGACCCGGCCCAAGCCCUCCUCGCGCCCCCAGCAUCGGGACGGGCCGACCCCGGCCGCCCUUGGCCAGCUUCCUCUGCAGGGUGUGUGCCCCAGAUCUGCUCCUUCCCCCUAUUUUUUUGUUUUGGCCAUCAGACAUAUUUGGUUUGGAGGUAAAAGCUCUACCAAAUGGACAAUAUGUCGAUCACCAACACGCCAACAAGUAAUGAUGCUUGUUUGAGCAUUGUUCACAGUCUGAUGUGCCAUCGGCAAGGAGGGGAGAGUGAAACGUUCGCUAAGCGGGCCAUCGAGAGCUUAGUGAAAAAGCUGAAGGAGAAGAAAGAUGAGUUGGAUUCUUUGAUCACGGCCAUUACGACCAACGGAGCUCAUCCUAGCAAAUGUGUCACGAUUCAGAGAACGUUGGAUGGAAGACUUCAGGUGGCUGGUCGCAAAGGCUUCCCUCAUGUCAUUUAUGCCCGGCUAUGGCGGUGGCCCGAUCUCCACAAAAACGAACUCAAGCACGUCAAAUAUUGCCAGUAUGCGUUUGACUUGAAAUGCGACAGCGUCUGUGUAAAUCCAUAUCAUUACGAACGUGUUGUGUCCCCUGGCAUCGAUCUUUCAGGACUGACCCUGCAGAGUUCUGCCCCCUCCAGCAUGUUGGUAAAAGAUGAAUAUGUUCAUGAGUUUGAAGGGCAGUCAUCGCUAUCAGCUGCUGAAGGCCAUUCGGUUCAGACGAUCCAGCACCCGCCGGGAAACCGGGCAUCCACGGACACGUACAGCACCCCGGCCAUGUUGGCUCCUUCUGAGCCCAGCACUCCCAGCGCCUCCAGUUUCCCCAACAUUCCCGUCGCUUCCACAAGUCAGCCCCCCAGUAUGCUGCCAGGUGGCCACAGUGAUGGACUCCUACAAAUUGCGGCUGGACCUCAGCCAGGAACGCAACAGAACGGCUUCGCAGCUCAACCGGCCACUUACCACCACAAUAGUACCACAACCUGGACGGGGAGUCGAACCGCAGCCUAUGCCCCCACCAUACCUCAUCAUCAGAACGGACAUCUUCAGCAUCACCCGCCCAUGCCCCACCCUGGACAUUACUGGCCAGUUCAUAAUGAACUUGCAUUCCAGCCUCCUAUAUCCAAUCACCCGGCCCCGGAAUACUGGUGUUCGAUCGCCUACUUCGAGAUGGAUGUGCAAGUCGGCGAGACGUUCAAAGUCCCUUCGAGCUGCCCAAUUGUUACUGUCGAUGGAUACGUGGACCCUUCAGGAGGGGACCGCUUUUGCCUCGGCCAGCUCUCCAACGUGCACAGAACGGAAGCCAUUGAAAGGGCAAGGUUGCAUAUAGGUAAAGGUGUGCAACUGGAAUGCAAAGGUGAAGGGGACGUCUGGGUUCGGUGCCUCAGCGACCACGCGGUCUUUGUCCAGAGUUACUACUUGGAUCGAGAAGCGGGACGUGCCCCGGGAGAUGCGGUUCACAAAAUUUAUCCGAGCGCAUACAUAAAGGUCUUUGAUUUACGCCAGUGUCAUCGCCAGAUGCAGCAGCAGGCAGCCACAGCGCAGGCCGCCGCAGCGGCUCAGGCUGCUGCAGUGGCAGGAAACAUCCCUGGGCCGGGGUCUGUAGGGGGAAUCGCUCCCGCGAUCAGUUUGUCAGCAGCUGCUGGGAUCGGUGUGGACGACCUCCGGCGCUUGUGCAUCCUCAGGAUGAGUUUUGUCAAGGGCUGGGGCCCCGAUUAUCCGAGGCAGAGCAUCAAGGAGACGCCGUGCUGGAUCGAGAUCCACCUGCACCGCGCCCUCCAGCUCCUGGAUGAAGUCCUGCACACCAUGCCCAUUGCGGACCCACAGCCUUUAGAUUGAGAGGGCCAGGCUGACGAGGGUGGGGUGGGGUGGGGUGGGGGAGCGGGGGGAAGGGGUUGUAAAAUACGAUUUUGUUGAUAAACCGGAAGGCAUAUUUCACUUCCGUUCUGCUUAAUCUCUUAACCAGGUUUUAAAGAGAAAGAUGUCUUUGCCACCUUGCACUCAGCAGAAAGUGCCUGAACUUACAGUCAAUUGGAACCAGUUCUCCCCUUUGCGAUGUACUUGAGGGGAGGCCACAUAUUUUGUGUGUGUGUGCGUGGGGGGGACAGACACGUUUGCAUGGUCAUGGUCCCAACUGGAUGGACUUCACCACAAGCCCGAUGUCCAGUUGAAUGCUGGGAAGGCUUAGAGUUGGACCCUCACUUUGUCCAGAUCAGGGGUCUGCAACUUGCGGCUCUCCAGAUGUUCAUGGACUACAAAUCCCAUCAGCCCCUGCCAGCAUGGCCAAUUGGCAGCCCCUGCCAGCAUGGCCAUCAACGGUCUUCUAUCAAUUUGCAUUUGACUUUGAAUAGAGAAUUUCAAGUAGAAGUUGCACAUGUAUCGGCUGUACGACAGGCGCAAUAUUACGCUUUCUCUAGUUAAUAAAACUUGCCAGUAAAAUUCUCGAAAUGCGGGUCAAGAUUUUAAUGAUCUGGGGUUUUCUUCAAUAUUCUCGGUCCCCCAAUUGGCCAUGCUGGCAGGGGCUGAUGGGAAUUGUAGUUCAUGAACAUCUGGAGAGCCGCGGGUUGCAGACCCCUGGUCCAGAUAUUCUGCCUGCCCCUGGUUGAAUCCACCUCCCAUAAGCAAAGUCAUGUUGAUUUAUUCUAAAGGGACAGCUUGGUGCUGGGGUGCAGAUCCCAUGGGAGGUUCUGCUGUGUAAAAUAUUUAGGGACACGUGCUCUUUUUUUAAAAAAAACAAAACACUAAAAGGCAUGGGCCUCCAAUCUGGCACUCCGUUUAAAUCCAACAUGGGGGAGGCUUUCCCGUUAAAUUACAAAACGAAUGUUUAAUAACAGAAGUGUCUUUGCGUCACUGUUCCCAACUGAUUUUCAGCGCAGCUGAGAGCAGUUGAGAGAGCAUGAGUGAGAGAGAGAGUGAGAGUGUGUAUGCGUGUGCAUUACUGAACAUGGAAUGCCACCUUGCGUCCUGGAAAUCAUGCUUAAUGUUUCGGUUGCAUCGCUGAGAGUCCAGAUUUCCUAGCGUAUUCAGUGUUUCUACUCAGGGCAAGAUGGCAAAUUUGUUUUUUAUACCUUGUGGUUAUUUUAAGCUCUUACGCCAUCAACGGUCUUCUAUCGAUUUGCAUUUGACUUUGUAUAGAGAAUUUCAAGUAGAAGUUGCACAUGUAUCGGCUGUACAACAGGCGCAAUAUUACGCUUUCUCUAGUUAAUAAAACUUGCCAGUAAAAUUCUCGAAA